UGUUCGAGUCUUUGGGGGAACGGGGUCCUGGAAGGAUUUGGAUGACUUCCUGUCCAGAUUAACCAUCCCAGGGCUCAGAAGGGAACAGUUCACUGCUUUGUACUUCCACAGGCUGUUGCAGAACAAAGAUCAGCGGGCAGUGGUGCCUGUUGAAUUUGUAGAUAAGAUGCGCAACCGUUUAGUGACUUAUAAUGGAACUGUACAGCGCUGGGAAGCAGCUCACAAUGAUUGGGAGAAAACAGUCUAUCCGGAGAAAAUAGAUUUAGAACAGGCUUGCAGUAAAGAUCCCUGGGCUUUAAAAGUUUUCAAACAUACGACAACAUAUAAUAAUACUCCAGCUAGCCGAGUGAAGCUUGCCCGCAACAUAAUCAUACAUUUGAACGACCAUCGGAUUGGCAAGAAGCAAUCUAUUUACACUUCAUACGAGCUUGGCGCUCUGGUGGAUGAGCUAUUCCCCAACCUCAGCUCUAGAUUGUUCGAGUUUCUAUGGAAGCAACGCAUCAACCUGGACUUCAAGAGGUCCAGGAACACUUUCAAAUCCAUAUGACUUAAUUAAUUAUUGUGAUCACUGAACUGUGUUCAGUGGUCACUAUUUAAAAACACAAAACAAAAAGAAGCUGAAUUGGAGACAUGGAACUGAUGGAAGGGUAUGCAGCAGUAGUGUGAUUAAACUUACUUCAUCUGGGUUUGCAGAAGAUCAACUAGAUUGGGUCAAGCUACCUGCAAAGUAAGCUAAACUCUCCCUCCCUCCCUCGAGUGUACUGCACUGCAAAGGCAUACUUGUUGUUGGCUUUCUAAGAAUCUUUCCUAUCUGUUGCCUUGGAUAAGUGUAGGCUACUUUCUUAAUGUUGAGUCUGAUUUUCCAAAUCUAAUUUCGCAGAGACUAGUUGGUUUUGUAUGUUUGUUCACUUAUUCAUCUGCUGUUCUAUAAUUUAGAAAUUCUGUUAUUCAGCUUCUUCUCUGUUUGUUUCUCUAUUAGGGUCUGAAAGAUUGUAAAGCUCUGCUAUUUAUUGAUUAAUAUUUUUUUUGUUUCCGAUAAUAAUUGAUUAACAUGUUAGCUGAACGUGAAUCCCCAAAUACUUACUCUAUAAUGAAAUCUUACUUGAUGCGUGCUACAGAAGGAUCAGCUGUCUAUGUAUAUAGUGUCUGGCAAGUGUAGUAUCUAAAAGACUAAGAUGGUAAUAUAGUUGCCUAGCGAUUUGGAUGAUCGAAGUCCAUGUGUCAUUUGUGAGCUACAGUGUCAUUAAUGUUAUAUUUAGUCUGCACAACAACUACCUCUACUAUGGUAUGUGGUUUAAUUAUCUGUAGUUCAUAGCUGAACUUGAGUAAUUGACCAUCCGCUUGCCACUAUCUGCCCAAUUUCUUGUGUAUGUAUGUGGAGUUUUGGUCACAAAUUUUUGAAGUGCAUGGAUUGUUUGGUCACUCCCGAUCUUGUUUAUUCUGGGCAUUUAAUAUGUAUUGUUUGUUCUGAUUUGUAUUGAUUGUUUGUUCUGAUUUGUAUUUCCUUUAGAUUGUAUGGAUUGUUUGCUCAGGUUUCGAAAUUAUACUGAUGGA